AUGGUAAAAGACAUCAAAGAUCUCAGCAAAGACAUGUUCGAGACAAUGUCUGAUGAAGCUGUUGCUGUCUAUUCCCCUGUUCCGCUGAAUCAUAUGAUAAGGGAGCCUGGAAGCUUGGAAUCUCUGCUCAAAGUGCUUAGAGACCUCAACCCAUGUGUCAUGGUGAUCAUAGAAGCUGAUGCAGAUCACAAUUCACCAGAUUUCUUUUGCCGUUUCAACGAUGCUCUCUUAUCCUGCACUGCAUAUUUCGAAUGCCUGGAAGUUUGCACGGAUGAGAGUGAUCCAAAUAGGCUGAGAAUGGAAGAUACAUACCUGAGCAAGCAGAUAAGCAACAUUGUUGCAAUGGAGGGUGAGGAGAGAAUUUUCUGGCGCUUGAAGAUUGAGGGUUGGAGGACAUUUUUUGGAGGAUUUGGUAUGGUGGAACAAGAGCUUAGCAUGUCAUCUUUGUAUCAGGCAGAGUUGAUGGUUAAAAACUUUGCUUGUGGGAGCUCUUGCACACUUGAAAGGAAUGGGAAUUGCCUUACUAUUGGGUGGAAAGGAAGGUCUUUUCUUUCUGUUUCGGCUUGGAGGUUCCACCAAGAACAAGCCUAG